AUGAUAAAUUUUCUAAUUAAUUUUUUUAACCUUAAAGAAGAAGAUAUUGCUAAUAUCAUCUCUCGUGGAACAAGGCCUAGUUCACCAAUUCGAAAUGCAGUUAAUGCUGCUAGAGACCGUCGUGAUGGAAAUCGAAAUGGAAUAAAUAUAGGGAAUGAAAGAGAAUCGAAUAAUAAUAAUAAUAAUCGUUCAAAUCCACAAACAAACGUGAAUGUCAAUCAACAACAAGACCAUAGCAAUCGAGCGAAUAAUCAAGAAAACCAUUUUAGAGGAACUGAUACUCGUCGCCCUAAUAGAGCAAGAAAUAUUCCCAUAGGAGACGAUGCAAGAGUUCCAAUCAGAGAAGAAGAUUAUCCAAGGGCUAUUCCUGUUCAAGAUAAUACAAUAAAUGUUCCUGUCAUGCGAGAGGAAAAUCAUGCGAGAAAUAUUCCUAUUAGAGAAAGAAAUCAUCCAAGAGGCAUUCCUGCUGGAAAUCGUCCAAGAAGUGUUCCUGUCAGGGGAGAAGAAAAUCGUACAAGAGACAUUCCUAUUAGAGGAGGGAAUCAUCAAAGAGGUCUUCCUACUAGAGGUACAAGAGCUGGUAUAAUUGAAGAAGAUGAUGCAUUCAAUGUUCCUAUCAUGGGAGUAGAAAAUCAUAGAGAUAUUCCUGUCGAAGAAGCUAAUUAUCAAGUUCCUCCUUCUGUUAAUUUCACUUUUACAAGCUCUGAACGUGGAAGACGUUCAUCGUUUACUGUUGGAACACAGCAUCUUCGAGGCAUGCAACCAGGCACUCGAGAAGCAUAUUUAUUGACUCAUCCAGGAGGGGAUGGAGCAACGCUUUUACGUAAUGAAGUUCGCACAGAUGGAACGCAAAUUGCCCAACAAGACACACUUCAAAACAUUAAUGGAGGGAGAGGUUAUGUUUAUGCUUCAUCGUCCCAUACACAAAACGGAUCGAGUAGUAGUUCAAGAAUAUCUUCGAGAAUUCGUUUCGGGAAUAAUGCAAGACAUGAGAAAAAAUGAGAAGUGAAGGGAGAAAAUGAGGAAUGAAAAAAUGAGGAAGGGAGAGAUUUAUACAUAUG